CCUGUCUGCGGUCUUUCAAAAAAGCGUGUGCUAGUGAGGAAGCGGGGGCGAGUGUGAGGGGAAAAUCGGACAGACACACAGCCUGUCCUUAAGUGCACGCUAAAUUCGGACUUAAUAAGACCAAGCGCACACGUUUGUUUUUAUAAUUUGUUGUAUUUAACCGGAUACAUCGCUCCUUUCUCUGUCCCCAGUGUUGUCUCCUGCUGUGCUGAUCCAUUACAAUGCAGCUCGAGCUGAACGCACUGCAUUGAGCUGAGACCUUCUGAUCUUAUCUCUUAUUCCUGAAUUAAACAAACACAAGGACCGGGUUUUAUUGAGUGUAACAAGCAGCCACGCUGUCAGCUGUUUCUUCAUCGUCUCAAUGGAGAGCUGCGGUCGGGAUUCUCCUGGGAACUGGAAUAGGACAUAAACGAUCCUGUGGGGUUUUUAUAUCAUCUCCAAAUAAAAGUCGACGCAAAUCUCAGAUCGAGCCAGAAGUCUUGCUAUGGAUUUCAGCAAACUGGCAGCUUUGUGGAUCAUCUGUUUAUGCUUGCUCUGGGACUGUCGAGCCGACAAGCUCAUUCAAGCCAGUACAGAGCCCCAACUACUUGACAACGAACUGUGCCGCAUCGAUGAGCCCCUGUGCCAAGACGAAAACGCUAUCCUCAGUUUCGAGGCCAUCCGGAGCAUUCACAAGCAGAUGGACGACGACGCUAACGGGAACGUGGACGUCGCGGAGACAGAUGGGUUUUUGAGAGAGGACCUGAACUACCACGACCCCAAAGCCAAGCACAACACUUUUCAUGGCGAUGAUCAGUUUAUCAGUGUGGAGGAUCUGUGGAAUGCAUGGAAGAGCUCAAAAGUGUAUAACUGGACGGUUGAUGAAGUGGUGGAUUGGCUGGAAAACUAUGUGGAGCUCCAACAGUACGUGGAGGCUUUCCGCAAAAUGAACAUCAACGGAACGUCCAUGCCUCGUCUGGCUGUGAAGAACUCCACUCUCACUGUGACCGUGCUGAAGAUCCUGGACCGCAGUCACACUCAGAAACUUCAGCUAAAGGCCUUGGACACUGUUUUAUUUGGAGCCCCAAUGAUGAACAGCCACAACCAUUUAAAGGACUUCAUGCUGGUGGUGUCGAUAGUUAUCGGUAUGGGUGGAUGCUGGUUUGCGUAUAUCCAAAACCGCUACUCCAAAGACCACAUGAGGAAGAUGAUGCAAGACCUGGAAGGUUUACAGAGGGCUGAGCAGAGCCUUCAUGACCUCCAGCAAAAGCUGCGAAUCGCCCAGGAGGAGCACCGCACGGUGGAGGUGGAGAAGGUAAACCUGGAGCAGAAACUCAGGGACGAGAUCAAUUCUGCCAAGCAGGAGGCUCAGCGGCUGCGGGAGCUUCGGGAGGGAACGGUGAACGAGCUCAGCAGGCAGAAAUAUGCAGAGGAAGAGCUGGAACAGGUACGCAUGGCCCUGAAGAAGGCUGAGAAAGAGCUGGAGUCGCGCAGCAGCUGGUCUCCGCCUGAAGCUCUGCAGAAAUGGCUGCAGCUCACACACGAGGUGGAGGUGCAGUACUACAACAUCAAGAAGCAGAACGCCGAGAAACAGCUGCUAGUCGCCAAAGAGGGGGCAGAGAAGAUCAAAAAGAAGAGGAACACGCUGUUCGGGACGUUUCACGUGGCACACAGCUCCUCACUAGAUGAUGUGGACCACAAAAUCCUGGCAGCCAAGCAGGCCCUAGCAGAGGUAACAGCUGCCCUGCGAGAGCGUCUACACCGAUGGCAUCAGAUCGAGAUGCUGGCAGGUUUCACAGUAGUGAAUAAUCCCGGUCUGCCCUCUUUAGCCUCCGCCCUCAACCUGGACCCCAGCUUCAUGGGAGGUCGUGCUACGCCGCAAACCAUUAUGAUGUCCGAAGACAUGGACGACAUGGACGAGGACAUCGUGGCGCCUGGACCUCUGCAAUCUCCCAGUAUGAUGUCUCUUCGCCAAAGGCACAUUGACCCGCAGCUGGCCUUGGGCUCUCAGAGGUUGGUAGAGAGCAGCCACGCGGCCGGAGGGCAUCAGGGGGAGGGCAGUUCAUACCCACCAUCCUGGCCCAGGCCGAACCUGCGCCAGUCUCACGGGCAGGUUGACAAGCUGGGCCUCUCUGUCUCGCACCCCUCCAUUUUCUGCGCCUCGUCUCCGCCCUACUCCUCGCCCUUCUCUUCCUCAUCCUUCUCAUCUUCUGCUCCUCAUUCCUCCUUCUAUCAUUCAUCUUUCCAGCCAAUGGACCCCAUUCCAGAUUCGCCCCCUUGCCGCAGUAGAAGCUUUGGGGAUUUGAAUCGCUCUGAUUCAGACUCGUCCCUGUCCGUAUCUCAGACCAGCGAACAGCUGCGCCUGUCGUUGAGCUCCAAGACUCUUCCCAUGAAGCCAACGUCUCUCCUCCAUGGUUCCUUCUCGCGCUCUGAGGAUUCGGCUCCUUUCCACACCCCCAAUGGAGGGAACCGUGCCGUCGACUUGGGCGGAUCUCCCGACGCAACCCCAGACAGCCCCAUCCUGAUGAAAAAGAUCUAUGGCAUGGGGAAGUCAGCCAGUAUGAGCGAGAUCCACGGCUCCAUUUCGGAAUCUUCGCGCUCCUUAAGCCCGAACUCGACCGAGCCAGACAUGGCGUCUCCCACAGCGCUCUCCGGGAUAGCGGCGAUGAAGAGCGGGAACCGCAUCUCUCAGAUCCCAUUGAAGAAAAGCCCACUGGAGGAAGACAGCUGCUCCACUGGUGAAGACACCGACUCCACAAGCCGCAAGAAACACACUCCGUUCAAGAUCUUCAAGAAGCAAAAGAAGUAAUGAGGGUUUGGUUACAGACUGCUCAGAAAAAAAUGCAUCUGUUCUCCGUUAUCACAAUGGAUGUCCCGAUUGUUUAUGUAGUGGCACACAUACAUGCUUUGGCGAGGAUUUUGUAGGUACUUCUCACAGGGGACUUCAGGAGUUUUUAUUCCUCUCCUUCUUAGUCACUGUUUUUUUGUUUGUUUGUUUUUUCUUCUUCAGAGGAUUUAACUCCGGGAUGUCGGCAGGACGUGGGAAUGUAAAGUUAUUUAUUCUACAACAGGCAGUGCCACAUUGUUUCUCCCUGGCUGUUUUCCUCGUACACUUCUGAUCGGCUUGCAUGUCUUGGCUGAAAUUUCCGAAUGCUCUUAAAUGUUUGCUUGGUUCUUGUUUCCUGCCGCUUGAACACAAAUUAUCAGGUGUUCUGUUUCUGUUCUGUUUAGUGCUUCGUCCUGGGAAAUUAAUUAACGGAGCGUGUGUCUGCGUGUGUCUGUGUGCGUGCGUGCGUGCGUGUGUGUGUGUGUGUGUGUGUGUGUUCAGUGCUAAUCAAAGGCCAGGGGAGCAAAAAAAAAGUAAACAAAAUAAGUAAAGGGCUGAAUCAUAUUUGCGAAAUCCUCCUUAAUUCUGUUGCAAAACUGCUAAACGAAGGUCGUAGUCGUAGAUGGUUUGCAGUCGUGGAGUCGAGACGGAUAACAAAAGUGUAAAUGGUCUCCGAUCAUUCCAGCUCGUCAUAAAGGACCACACAUUUAGAUUGUGAUCAAAUGCACCAUGACUCGUCAUUUUCUCCUCCGUAAUUGGAGGUUUUGGAUUAUUAUUAUUAUUAUUAUUAUUAUUGACGGUCUAAACGGAUGUUGAAUCCAUGCCUUGUAGACUAGCCUGAAAUCUAUCCCCAAAGUGUCUUGUACUUUGACAGCAGCCACCUAACGGCAAAGAAGCUAACUUUAGUUUAAAAAAAACAACUAUUGUCUAUUAGAUUUCCACUUAUCCAACAACCAAACAUUUGGUAGCACUUUGGUUAGGAACUUAUAAGGUGUUCAUAAGACUGUGUAGAGCCUACGUAAGGCCUGAGACAACCGAGGUCUGAGGUCAUGGAGAUGAUUAUCGGCUGUUAUAAAGUGACAUGAUGAUGAUAAAUCUGACACAAUUAGAGAUUGGAUACAAGGUUAUGAAGUUGCCACGAAACAUCGACUGUUGUAGCAUUGACACGAGUCCGUUUCAUAAUGAGUCCAUUUCAUAAUGAGUCCAUUUCAUAUCAAAUGACAAACAAUUCAUUUAGAUUCAUCUUGACAUAAACCCGUUAGGUCAUUUGUAAUAUGCUCAUGUUGCUGUGUUAAGUGUGGUUAAGUGAAACUCACCUCUGCUUCGAUGUUUAUGGAGAGGAAAAACACGACUGCUUUUUUAAUAUUUAUAAUUUCUUUCUUUUAACUACGGUUUUGACCUUUUGACAUCACUGUCAGUUGUUAUAACAGUCGAAUGUCAGUCGCGAUGUCUGUCCAGUUCACUCAUGACUCAAAAUGCGCUUAAAGGUUAAAUCACUUGUUAUGAAGGGCUUAUGUAGGUUUUAUAUAUCUCUAUGAACAUCCUUAUGUGAAGUGAGCCCAAAUGUUUGUUUACUGAAAAAUUUGCUGAUGCGGUUUUUUUUUUUAAGUGUUAAGUUUUCCUUAGAGGCAACUUCAGGAAGGAAAUGAUUUUGAUGCUCAGCACAGUUUUUGACACUGAGAACAUCACUAUAUUUUUACCAACCACUGUAGUGUUAAAGUACACCAAACCAAAGCAAGCGCUGCAGGAAAACACCAUACUCCAGCUCCUCAGAUGUGGAAUUCUUGGUGGAUUUAUGUUCUUUUUAUUUUAUGUUUAAUGUGAAAGAUGGUACAGAUGAAUAAAGUCUACAAUAAUGUGUAUCAGUCUAAAACAGGAAUGUGUUCCUGAGCAAAAGGGUUCAUGCAUCGUUUGUACCUCUUUGCACAAAGAAUCUGUAAAAUGACUUUUUGGUGACUGUGUGUGUGUGUGUGUGUGUGUGUGUGUGUGUGUGUGUGUGUGUGUGUGUGUGCGCGCGCCAUUUCAGUUAACAGCACCACAUCUCUGAUGCAUGUUACGUACCUGCUGCAAUACGGUCCACAGACACAAGGAGCUUUUCAGACGAUUUCCUACUUUAAUGGCCCCCUUUUGAGCUUCGAUUUAUGAUUCUAUACAUUUGUACAUAAAGAGAAGGGGGGGAGGGAAUAUUUUGCAUCAUCUGUAGUGUUUGAGGACUGUAGUCCAGGUCUUGGGAAUUUUUUGGCACUCAUGCAUGAAAGCAAUAAACGGUUUUAAAGAAAA